UCCAGGUUGGGCAGUGAAUGGGGGAAGUGCUGCAGAAUUUGUAGGCUGCCAAUCGGGAUUUGCAAGCACAUCCGGAAGGAUACUAGGGGCUCUAUGCGCCUGUGUGCAAAUUCUUGGUGGUUGCGGGACAAUACUUGUGUGUUGCCACCACCACACCAGCUUGUACUACACUUAUGGGACUCGCCACAUCACCAAUUGAUACUGCAGUGCUGGUAUGUGAAAGACCAGGAUGUACUAGGCCACUAGUGCUCGCCAGUUCACCAAAAGGUAGCGCGGCACUAGUACUGGCAUUCUUCUGCAUAUGGGAGUCAUCA